UCCUCGACCACAGCGUUCUCCGCAGUCUUACGCAUCAUUUGACACAUCAACUACGUGAGCGAACGACGAGCAUAGACAUCUACCUCACUACUCGCGACCCGUCGUCUUUAGAGCGUCGUAGCACAACAGCCUUGAGCUAUUUUGAAUAGACAACAAAUAAUCGUAAUAUUCGCUCCAACAUGUUGUAAGUCGCGCUCCUCUAGACCCAACUCUUCCGCGCCCGGCUUCUUCCAUGGGCAUCGUUCGUGUCUCGGUUCUUGAAUGCGACUACCACCUUCGAGCGACCAAAGCACUGCCCUGCUGUUGCUAAUCAGACGGCGACAUCAGUGUCCUUCCACCCCCUCCGCGCUACCCAACGCAGGCUGCGUAUAAUGCCGCAGUCGCUGCUGGCCAUGCGACGCCCAUGAUCGAGACGAACAAUAUCCUGUCGACUCCGGAGGACCAUUUCCUGGCGGGCGAGGGUACAUACGUGCUAAAAGAGGACUUGCACCUGGCAACACCCCCGCCGCACCCAUCCGAAGCCCCGAUUCUGAACCCGAAUCCAUUGGCGACAAACCCUCAGCCCGCCACGGCAGGAACCCGCGUGUCCUUGAUCAGCCUAGAUGUGAGGGCACCGCCUCCAGCCUUCUUCCGCCUGACGUCAACAACGACGCUCUCGCCCAGCAUCGCAGAACACCCAAGCGAAGGCCGCAGCUCGAAUGAUGCCAAGUUUAGCAGUGACGGAGAGGGGCGAGGGACGUCUUUGAGUGAUGGCGCUCCUCCUACGUCGUCUUUGACGGCCGUCUCGGCGCCCGCGUUUGGCGAGGGCAAUACCCUUCUAGCCCCCGAAAAGACCAAGGACGUGAACAAGCGACGCAAGCCGAAGAAUAAUAUGACUAAGAGCAACUCGUCCUUCAUCUCGCGCGUCAUCAUCAACGAGGCCCUCACCAAAAAGCUUUCGGAGCGAGCAACCGACGGCCUGUUCGCUUUUGCCAAUAUAAACCGGGCUUUUCAAUGGUUAGACCUGUCCUCCUCUACCAAGGCUGACUACUUGACGAAGAUUCUCUUUACUAAAGCGCACUGUUUGAGCCAUGAUGUCAACAUGCUCACGCGAGGGCCGGGGCACAUGGACGUCAUCAUGGGAUUUUCGACAGGCGAGAUUAUCUGGUGGGAGCCUGUUUCACAGCGGUAUACGCGCCUAAACAAGAAUGGCGUAAUCAACAAGACUCCAGUGUCUCAGAUCCGAUGGAUACCCGGAUCCGAGAACCUGUUCCUAGCUGCUCACAUGGAUGGCUCUCUCGUCGUAUACGACAAAGAGAAAGAGGAUGCGAUUUUCAGUCCCGAGGAAGAGGAAACAAAACCUAAUGCCGGGGAGGACGACGGCACGGCCAAGGGAAUUGACUUCAAGAAACGGAUUCUGGUGUUGAAGUCAGUUCAUUCAAAGAAUCAGAAAGUCAAUCCGGUGGCACUCUGGAAGCUCUCCAAUCAACGCAUCAACGCAUUUGCUUUCUCCCCAGAUAACCGGCAUCUCGCGGUGGGGUCUGAGGAUGGCACUUUGCGAAUCAUCGACUAUCUCAAAGAAGAAUUGUUGAGUUUGUUCUACGCCUACUACGGCGGCUUGACUUGCGUCUGCUGGUCUCCAGACGGAAAAUACGUCCUGACAGGAGGACAGGACGAUCUGAUCUCAAUAUGGUGCCCAUCAGAGGGAGACGGGUCACUCAUCGCACGGUGUCAAGGACACAUGUCUUGGGUAUCGGCGGUUGCUUUUGAUCCCUGGAGGUGCGACGAGCGAAAUUAUCGCUUUGGUAGCGUUGGCGAGGAUUGCAGAUUAUGUCUUUGGGACUUCAAUGUUGGAAUGCUCCACAGACCGAAAGCCAAGGUAUCUGUUAGACACCGCGGCUCCGUUUCGUCACGGAUGACAGCGUUGCAACGUGCCGAGACUUUAGGAACAACUACUUCGGCCACUAGGAUACGGUCGAACUCAGCUCUGUCAACCGCAGAUGGUGAUGAUGACGACAAGAUCAGCCAUCCUGUCGAACCACGGUCGCGGACUGCGAUUUUACCGCCUGUGAUGACGAAACAAGCUGACAAGGAUCCACUUUGCUGGCUCGAGUUCACUGAAGAUGCUAUUAUGACGAGUUGUAACUCUGGCCAUUUGAGAACGUGGAACAGACCGUCAGACUCCUCGGCUCAGGCCGACCAGAGCUCGGAAUCAUAG